UGUACAUCUCUACUGGGCGGCCGCUGGGUACGCGUGACGCUAGAGUCCUUCUCGAAUUAGGACACAGCUCCCACACCUACGUUUAAACAAUCUCACGUCUCGCUCUUUUUCUGACACCUCGUCGUCGUUGUUUCGAGUGACUGUUCUGACGCCGCUCCUUGGAUACUGGCAUCGCGUUGGCCACGACAUGACCACGAAGCAAACGGCUGGGAUCACACUUUCGCCUCAGGAAUAUUGCUGAAGCCGCACUCUCCCGCCCUACCAAACGCCCGUCAAAUCAUAAUCAACAUGGUCCCAUUAAAAGUCGAAACCUGGAUCUGGUGGUCAUUCGUGGUGUUGUGUGUUAUAUGUCGAAUGAUCUCGAGGUACCAGAGCCUCGGCACGAUCAAGCGCUUCCAGGCCGAUGACUACAUUACCGUUGUUGCAAUGUGCUUCUAUACCACAUUGAUCGUCACCAUCAACAUUGUCGCCAAGUCUGAUUCCAACCUAUUACCGCCAGGCUUUGAUGUCAGCAGCCUGACAUCUCAGGAAGUGCAUGACCGUGAAUACGGAUCCAAACUGGUGCUUGUCGUCGAGCAAUGUCAAAUUAUAACCGUCUGGUGUGAGAAGCUAUGCUUAUUGUUUCUGUACCAGCGUCUCACCGUCGGUACCAAAGAAAGACUCGCGAUCAAGAUUCUGUUCUUCUAUGUCGGUAUCAGCUGGGUCGUCAUGGAGAUCCUCUAUUUCGGUGUGUGGUGCCGCCCAUUCACCAUGUACUGGGCUGUGCCUUCGACUCAGCAAUGCACUGCAGCGACCAAUCACCUCAUCCUCAAUGCCGUCUUCAACCUGAGUUCUGACAUUUGUAUCCUUGCCGUCGCUCUGCCAAUGUUCAUCAAAACACGACUACCUCUCCGAAAGAAAGUUGCAAUCGUCGGCAUCUUCUCUCUGGGUACUUUUGUCAUCAUCUGUGCUAUACUCAACAAGGUUUAUUCGUGGCGUGAACCGUAUGGCGUCCAAUGGACGUACUGGUACGUCAGAGAGUCUAGUACGGCACUUCUGACCGCCAAUGCUGCCUUUGUUUGGGCUCUUUUCAGAAGAAUGUUCAAACUCAGGUCUCUUGGCAGCUUCUCUGGAAAGAACACAUACACACCCUACAACGGGUACACACCGACAUAUACGACGACACAUACGCGCGUGGAAACUCUUGUGAGGAAGAAACCACGACAUGAUGAAAUCGAUCUGGACCUUCUUAUGCCCGAUCCGGACGACUUUGAGGGCAUUCACCGCCAAACAGACAUUCACGUCAGCGAGGAUACUAUGAGCCUGAAGAGAGAAAACAACUCAAUGACAGGCACAUCAUCAGCCUGGGCAGAAGCAUGGGCAGUACGGGCACCGGCUGGUCCACCACCAGGCAGCAGUAGCAGCAGGGAGGGCAAUAGCAGCGAUUGCGGGCGCAGCACCAGCGACUCGACAACCUCGAUUGUGCCAACGCCGCAGAAGCCCUCGAAAGCGAUAUUACGGCAAAGUCAAAACGACUCGCCUGUCUGAACCUGCUUUCCCACCGAUUCUUCCUUUUGUCCCAGCAGACAUUUAUUGUCACAUUUAGCGUGUCUGAUUGCACAGCCCAAUUUCCACCACAUAUACCACCUUUUUCUUGUACAUACUUGUAUAUAGCAUUACCUCAAAACUUACAUCAAUAUACGAAAAUUACAUCCGCUGC